UUUUCAUUUAAAAUUCCAUCCACCACCAUGCAAACCAAUCUCACCCUUAAACGCCGUCGUCUCUUCCUCCUCCUCCUCCCCUUCUCAGCCCUCCUCUUGCUCUCUUCUUUCUUCAUAUUUACAAAUCACCACCCUCCACUUUCAUCAUUUCCAAAUAAACCCACUUCCCAUUUACACAUUCACAAACGACUCCAAACUCAAACCGCAAACUUACAAUGCGACGGUGCACUCUACCACGAUCUCUGCGUCUCCACGCUAACAAGAAUCCUACCGGAUCUCACCUCCACCUCCUUGCCAGAAAUUAUCUCCGCCACCGUAAAAGAAACCAUCACCGACGUCCGAUCCACCGACUUCAAUGUCACCGCCAUCCGCCGGAAACUUCCUCAUCUCACCGUCUACGAGAUCCGAGCUCUCGAAGAUUGUCACACAUUGUUUCUUGAAACAGUCUCCGAACUCAAAUCCGCCGUCACCGAUCUCUCUAAAUCGCCGGCGAAGAAAUACAACGAUCUCCAAUCGAUGCUCAGCGCUGCCAUGACGAAUCAAGCUACGUGUCUCGAUGGAUUCGAAGGCACGAAAUCUCAGGUGAAGAUAAGCAGACACUUUCGUAAAGCGUUGCGUGGUAUUUCACGUCAAGUUAGCAACUCGCUUGCGUUGUUGAAGAAGAUAAACGGAACGACGUCGGAAGGGAAGUCGGCAGAGAGUUUACCGGGGUACGGUAGGAUGUCCGGCGGGUAUCCGGAUUGGGUGAAGAGGAAGGACAGACGGUUGUUGCAGCUGGCGACGAAUGAAACAGUGUAUGAUUUGGUGGUGGCGAAGGACGGAAGUGGAAAUUUCACGACGAUCGGAGAAGCAUUGAAUGCGGCACCGAAUUCAAGUACGACGAGAUUUGUGAUAUAUAUAAAAUCCGGAGCUUAUUAUGAGUAUUUGGAGGUGAUUAACAAGAAGAGAAUGAUUAUGUUGGUGGGUGAUGGGAUCGGAAAAACAUUGAUCAAAGGCAACCGGAGUGUGGUCGACGGCUGGACAACUUUCCGAUCAGCUACUGUCAUUGCAGUUGGUGCAAAUUUUAUAGCCAAAGGGAUCACAUUUGAAAACUACGCGGGUCCCAGCAAACACCAAGCAGUUGCAUUGAGAAGUGGGUCCGAUUUCUCCGUGUUCUAUCAAUGCAGCUUUGUGGCCUACCAAGACACUCUCUACGUUCACACUCUCCGACAAUUCUAUCGGGAAUGCGACGUCUACGGCACCAUUGAUUUCGUGUUCGGCAAUGCCGCCGUCGUUUUCCAGAAAUCUAACUUCUAUGCUCGUCAACCUAACCCUAACCAGAAGAACAUCUUCACCGCUCAAGGUAGAGAUGAUCCUAAUCAAAACACCGGAAUUUCAAUACUGGAAUGCAAAAUCGCUGCCGGAUCGGAGCUGAUCCCUAACCAAACCAUGUUUAAAUCGUACCUUGGGAGACCGUGGAAGUUGUACUCCAGAACGAUGAUUAUGCGGUCGUACAUCGGCGAUUUGAUAGAUCCGGUUGGUUAUUUGGAGUGGGACGGUGAUUUUGCACUCGAUACGCUUGAUUAUGGCGAGUAUAUGAAUAGAGGACCUGGUUCAAAUACGAGCGCUAGGGUUACGUGGCCGGGGUACAGAGUGACCAUGAAUUCGACGGAGGCGAGCCAGUUUACCGUCGGGAAUUUUAUUCAGGGAGGAGAAUGGCUGAAUGAUACAGGUAUUCCUUAUUAUCUUGAUCUAGAACAGAGUUUAAUCGUAUCGAAAUGAAUUUGAUGGGGAUCGUGUCUCCGGCAGCCAUGGAUUCCGACACAGAAUUUGCAACCGAGGCUUGUUUAGGUCAGUUUUUGGUGAUUGUGGUCGGAAUACGAAAUUUGUAUAACAAAAUUUGUAUGUUAUUCAAAUUGUUCCAAUAAUUUAUUUUAAAAUUGGGAUGAAGAAAUUCGUGAAUUCCCAUUGU